UCUGUUGGUACGUAAGAAACAAGUCACCAGGCCCUUCAGAACAUGCCCAAAGUGCUCCGUGAUGUUGAAGCUCUUAAACAGGAGGCAUCUUUUCUAAAAGAACAAAUGAUUCUUGUCAAGGAAGACAUUAAAAAAUUUGAACAGGACACAUCGCAGUCGAUGCAGGUAUUGGUGGAAAUCGACCAGGUGAAGUCCAGGAUGCAGCUUGCUGCUGAAUCUCUUCAAGAAGCGGACAAGUGGAGCACGCUGAGCGCCGAUAUUGAGGAGACAUUUAAGACUCAAGACAUCACUGUGAUUUCUGCCAAGCUAACCGGCAUGCAGAACAGCUUGACAAUGCUUGUGGAUACACCAGACUACUCAGAAAAAUGUGUGCACUUAGAGGCCUUGAAGAACAGACUGGAGGCCCUGGCCAGUCCCCAGAUUGUAGCAGCAUUCACUUCUCAGUCUGUGGAUCAGUCCAAAAUGUUUGUGAAGAUUUUUACUGAAAUUGACCGGAUGCCCCAGCUCCUUGCAUACUAUUACAAGUGUCACAAGGUGCAGCUUUUGGCAGCCUGGCAAGAGCUGUGCCAGAGUGACCUGCCCCUGGACCGCCAGCUCACCGGCCUCUAUGACGCCUUGCUCGCUGCUUGGCACACGCAAAUCCAGUGGGCCACGCAGGUUUUCAAGAACCCUCAUGAGGUUGUGACAGUGCUGCUGAUCCAGACCCUGGGGGCCUUGGUGCCCUCCCUGCCUAUCUGCCUCAGCGCUGGCGUGGAGAGAGCGGGACCCGAGCUGGAGCUCACCAAACUGCUGGAGUUCUACGACACCACUGCCCACUUUGCCAAGGGGUUGGAGGUGGCACUGCUCCCCCACCUACGUAGGCAUUCCUUCCUCCCUUCUCCGACUUGUCUUUACUUGCUGUUUUGCAGCUUCUGGGGCCUGGGUUUGUUUCUUUUGCAGGGGACUGUGCAGAAAGGGGAGGAUUCCAACACAUAUGGAAGGUUGUCCACGGAAACUGCCCUUAGGGAAGUGGCUUUAAUAUACUUGUCUAGUAUCCCAGGUAUUGUCUAGUGCUUUCUCAGCUCUGGGAACUGAUGGACCUUCUGCUGUGGCUUAGCAUGUGAAAGAGGCAGGUAGACACAGGUGGCAGGAGCUGGCAACAGGCUUCCCUGGGAGGACAGUGUUCUCUUCAUUUCGAGUCACGAAACCUUAGACAGUUCAACCUCAAAAGUAAGUUUGAGGGGACACUUAGGUUGUAGGGGCUUCUGAAGGGGCAACAACAAGUUUGUCGUGACAGCGGAGCUGUGUUAGGACUACAGGUAGCUGUGUGGAAAAGGGCUCUCCUGGUGGCUGAGAGAAAAGCACUCACUCCUCAUUCCCAUUUGGGGGGAUGAUGCAUGGGAUGGUGCAUUUUCCUAGCUGUUUUCCGCCUGUGUUAAAACCAUCAUCAAUUUUUAGAUAUCAUAGACCUCGUGACACAUGCUGCUGUCAAAUCAGGAAGUUGCUUGAGGAAGGCCUUGUUCUGCCAUGUGGCUGCUGUGUGUCACUCACUGCGUUUAUUUAAUAGUGAUUCUCUUUAAUGACAUUUGUGCUUAAUUGCCUGGACAUUCCAGGGAGUGUGUUUGUUGUUCAGGUUCCUGAUGAGUCAGAGGUGUUUUUGGCACACUCGCCUUAGGUGUGGGAGAGGCAUGGUGGAUGUGGGUGGCUUCCAGAGGACCACGCUGCCCUGGCAGGUGGCUACAGAGUGUGCAGGCCGUGGAUCCUGCUGGAGCAGAGUGGGACGAAGGCAGGGCAGGGGACAGGUUGCAUUCCGCCCACGGCCAUGGACUUUCCUAAGCGAGGAGAACCACCCUCUGCAGAGUCAGAUAGAGGAGUGCUUUGUCAUCGGCCAUGGGAGUACAGAUCUGUGACAAUGGCUGUGGAAGGUUUCAAAAUAAUGUUUUGUUUUACUUUUAAUUGAAAAACACUUUGGAAACACAAAAAAUAAAAGAGAGGCUAAAAGUGACCCAUAGCUUCAUCACUCAGAGUCACUGACAGCAUUGCAUUUCUUCCCGGUAAUUCAAAUGUAAAUGCACGUUGUUUUAAGCAUUAAUAAAAAUAUUUAGGAUGUGCUAUAUAUUUUUAUGGUGCUGGGAAUUGAACUCAGGGCUUGUACAUGUGAGGCAAGCACUCUAUCAACUGAGCUCUAUCCCCAGCCCAAGAUCUGUUUUUUUAAUCUAUGUUUUUUUAGUUGUGGAUGGACACAAUACCUUUAUUGUAUACACACACACACACACACACACACGUAUUUUUAAAUUUUUUAAAAAUUAUAUAUUUAAUUAUAAACAAUUAUAUUUAAUUGUUUUUUAAAUUAAUCUUUUUUUUGUAUAGGGGAUUGGACCCAUCUGUACUUUACUACUGAGCUAUAUCCCCAACCCUUUUUUAAUGUUUUCUUCUGAGGCAGGGUCUCACUAAGUUGUUGAAGCUGGCCUUGAACUUAUGAUCCUCCUGUCUCAACCUCCCGAGUUACUGGGAUCACAGGCGUGCACCACCGCACCUGGCAGUGGCUUAUAAUUUUUUAGCCACUAUUAUAAGUACAACUGUUAUGAACUAUAUUACCCAUUAAUGUUUAAACCUAAUUCUGAUUGGUCCUUAGGAUAAAUUUUAAAUUGUAGUCAUGAAGAAGUGGAAAAUUGAAAGAUGUUUUUCCUACUUUGCUCUUUAGAAAGUUUCUGCCAAUUUUUGUAUAGUAGUGAAUAAAGGCACCAGGUCGCUCCUGCCUCUUCCAUCGUUGUCAGAUUCUUAUACAAUUAAUAAUAUAUCAUUUUAAUUUACUUCAGCAUUAGCAAGUUUGAAAAUUAUAUUAUAAAAUGAUCUCUUUUUCUUUUUUGGUUGCUUAUUUGCCUGUUUUGCUUGGAGUUUUAAUCUAUUUCUUGUUAAUAUCUUAGAGUAAUUUAUUUAAAAUAGUGUUAUUACAUAUGUUUGUAAAAAGCAACAAAAAUAUAUGUUACAUAGUCUCCUAUAGUCCUAUUUGCUAGAAAUAACCAUGUUUAAAAUUUUGACAUGCUCCUAAAAGAUUCUUAUGUAGUGGACUUUUUCCUAUUGUUUAUCAAAUAUAUUUCAGCUAUAUUUUCUAACUUUUAUUUUACCUUUAACAUGUUUCUGUUAUUUUACUAACAAAUACCCAUACAUGAUAUAAUUUAAAAUAUAAAAGAUUAUGGAAAAGAAAGCAAAUUUUUAAAAUGUAACUUAAGUUGAUUUUAUAGUUAACAAGCAAUAUGUAUUUAUUAUAGAUAAAUCCUGAAAAUACAAGGAAGGGGAAAAAAAAUCAUCCUCAACCUGCCUUCUAAAACAGCAUUUUGGGAUUAUAUGUAUGUGCAGAUUUUGCGUAUGAGUAUCCGUAUGUUUAUAUUCUUAAAUUUGGUUUCAGUAGAAUAUUAUUAUCACACCCAAGAAUUUAAUUUUGAUUUCAUAUUGUCAGCUAAUGUGCAGUCAGUGCUCGGGUUUCCCCAGUUCCACAGGUGUCUGCAUAGCGGCUUCCCCACCUCUGCCUUGCACAGACAUCCGGUUCACGUACAUACAUUGCCUCGAUUGUCCUGUUUCUGUAGAUUAUAAUCUCUUUUAAUCUACAACAGUCAUUUCAUUUUUCUUUUUUGUUUUUCAUGACAUGGACGUUUUUGAAGAAGAAAAGGUCGUUUUCUUAUGGAAUGCCCCACAUUCCAGGCUUUUAUUAGUAGAUUUAUCUCAAACAUUUUUAGCAAAACUGUUGCAUUGAUGCUGAUGUGACUUCCCAUUGCAUCACCUCAGGAAACACAUAAUGUCGAAUUGCCGGUGACAGGUUAGAUUAAUCACAUUGUAAAUGUAUCCUCCAGAUCUCCCCAUUGUCGUUACCUUUUCCUCUUUGUAAUUAUUAGGUAAUUUGUGGGGUGAUACUGUGAGCUCAUAGGAAUAUGCCAUUCCCCAAGAAACAAUUGCCCAGUGAUAUCAGCACCCAUCGAUGAGCCUUGCCUUAAUGAAUUCUUACAGUGCUGAUUGUAAAAUGGUGAUUUUGUAAUUAUAUCAUUCAUUCUACAAUUAUCUGCUGGCAUUCUCUUAUGAAGAAGAAUUUCCCUUUUUGCCUUUUUUUUAAAAAAAAUAUUUAUUUUUUAAGUUUUUUUAGGUGGACACAAUGUCUUUAUUUUACAUUUAUGUGGUGCUGAGGAUCGAACCCAGUGCCUCAUGCAUGCUAGGCAAGCACUCUACCACUGAGCCACACCCAGCCCCCCUUUCUGCCUCCUUGAUGUCACUAUAAAUUCAUGGAUUUUUAAAAAUAUUUUAUUAUUUUUUUAAUACUUACAAAGAAGCCCACUUGAUGGACAAAAAUUCAUGGAUUUUAAAAAAUCCAGUGUGUUAUGAUUUAAUUGUUAUCAUCCUUUUUUUUUUGCAAUACUGGGGAUUGAACCCAGGGCCUUGUGCAUUUGAGGCAAGCACUUUUCCACCUGAGCUAUAUCCCCAGCCCCCUCAUUGUUACCAAUCAUUUUGAUGUCCAAAUUAUUUCAUUUUUGGACUGUGGGUCCCCAUUCAGCUGACUCUCAUAUCUUUUUGGCAUGUCUCUAAUCAGUCUUUGAAUGCUUCCUUGCUUUUUGGCACAGACUAUUCCAGAAGCACCUGUGCUUUCCUUUACCCCUCACCUGGAGUCAGCUGUUUUUCCAGGGAGACUAGUUUUUUCUGGUGAAAAUUGGUAUUUAGAAAUGAGAGUCUGAACACCACAGCUGUUCAUUGUUGCUGAGGUAUCAUUACUUCUAGGCUCUUUUGGUGGAGAGAGCUAGGAAAUACAUAUUUUUUAAAAA